UAUUUCUGUCUUGUCAUUUUCCGCUGCCGAAACCCCUGCCGCAGAUUACUGGAUUCGUGGUGUUACGUAGGUUUUCUCAUUAUCAUAGUACGAAUAUACGAUUUGAGUAUUUGACAUUUGACUAUUUGGGUGGAAAAUCUUCUUGUCUCUACGAGUGCUACCGUGUGAAUAUCAAUGGCCAAAAUUAAACUACUGGCAUGCAUAGCAGUGCUGGUCGUGCAUUUGGCAUUCGGCGAAGAACAAGCGCCGAGUGAUGUAAGCGUAGAAUCAGUGCCUUACACCACCCCAACUGCAAGUAAAGUAGGCGUGUACCUGGCCGAAGAUUUUGACAAUCCGUCAUUAUUGGAUAAAAAAUGGAUUAAAUCUAAUUCCAAGAAGCCAGAUGUUGAUGAGGAAUUAGCUCAAUAUGAUGGUAAAUGGAGUAUUGAGGAAUUAGAAAGAUUCCCACUGAAAGGUGACAGAGGUCUAGUUUUAGCAUCGGAGAGUCGUCAUGCUGCUAUUUCAUCAAAACUUGAUAAGCCGUUUAAGUUUGAUGGUGGAAAAACUCUAGUUAUUCAAUAUGAAGUAGCUUUUCAAAAGCCACAUACUUGUGGUGGAGCAUACUUAAAGUUGCUUACAGAUGGUCCUCAUAUUAAGGAUUUAACUCAGUUCAAUGAUAAAACUCCAUACUCGAUUAUGUUUGGCCCAGAUAAAUGUGGACCAACUUCCAAAGUGCAUUUUAUAAUUAGACAUAAAAAUCCUAAAAACAAUACAAUUACUGAAAAACACUGUUUAAAAUUAAAAACUGAAGAGACUGUAUUUACUGACCAUCAACCUCAUUUGUUUACCUUAGUUGUUAAACCAGACAACUCAUAUUCAUUCUUUUUAGACCAAGAAUUGCAAUAUGAAGGAGAUUUACUAUCAGAAGAUGAUUUUAAUCCACCAAUUAACCCACCAAAAGAAAUAGUUGAUAAGAACGAUGUAAAACCUGAAGAUUGGGAUGAAAGAAGUAAGAUUCCUGAUGAAAGUGCUGUUAAACCAGAUGAUUGGGAUGAAAGUGAACCUGAAAGUAUUCCUGAUGAAUCCUCAUCUAUGCCAGACGAUUGGUUGGAAGAAGAACCCACCCAUAUUCCUGAUACAGCAGCAGUUAAACCCACUGAUUGGGAUAAUGAAAUGGAUGGAGAAUGGGAACCACCUUUAAUUAAUAAUCCAAAAUGUGAAGAUCGUUCAGGUUGUGGACCUUGGUCAAGACCAUUAAUGAAAAAUCCAAAGUACAAAGGAAAAUGGAAGCAGCCAUUAAUAGACAAUCCAAACUAUCGUGGAAAGUGGACACCUCGACUUAUACAUAACCCUGAUUACUUUUAUGACAAAAAUCCACUUAAAUCUUCACCUAUUGGUGCUGUUGGUUUUGAAUUGUGGUCUAUUUCAGACAAAAUUUAUUUUGAUAAUGUCGUAAUAGCAGAUGAUGAGGUGCAUGCUGAAAAAUGGUCAGAAGUUACAUGGUCACUGAAAAAGAAGAAUGUAUCUCAUGAAUCGGAAAGUGUAUUUGGAGCUGUAAUUAGAUAUACCAAUGAAAACCCAUGGUUGUGGGCUGUGUAUGUAGUUGUUAUUGCAGUAACAGUUGUAUUAAUAGUUAUAACCUGCUGCACAUCAAAAGAAAAGUCUUCGUUAAAUGAAUCAAGUAAAAAAACUGAUGAGUCUGUACCUGACGUCGACCCAGAAGUAUCUGAUGAAGAACAGGAAGCUGACAUAAAAGAAGAUGAAGAAGUUGAUAGUAAAAGUGCUGAUGAUGAUGAAGAAAAUGUUGAUGUAGAGGCUGAUCAAACUAAUGAAGAUCAAGUACCAUCCUCUCCAAGAAAGCGCAGAACAAGAAAAGACUGAAUCUGCUUAUCACCUAUCUUCUUUCCCUGGUAGCGUCAUUUUGUUUGUAUUCCUACAAUUUGUGUAUUUUGUUUUAUUUUUUUUUUUAAAACAUAUUAGUCAUGAUAAUGUUAAAACCAAAAAAAAGUUGUAUUCAAAUAUUUAUUAUACAGGUCUCUGUAAUAAUUUUAUACUUGUGUUGUUAAAGAUACAACAAACACUUAUUGAAUUAUUAUAUUUUAAAACACUUUUGAUAGACUUGUGCAUUAAUUAAAUGUAUUGCUUUCAUGUUCAAUUAUAAUUUGUUUUAUACUAUAUAUAUUAUAUUAUAUAAAGGAAAUUAAUGUGUCUGAUUUUGAAAUAUAAUCUCAAAUGUGUUAAA